UUUUUUUGGCAUGAAAGCACAUGUAUGGAAUAUUGAUAUUUUGCAGAAAAAAGUCAUUCUUGAUUGUUGAGGUUUUAUGGAUAACUCUUUGACAAGACAAGAUUUUUUUUGAGAUGCAUGUCUGUAAUUUAAGAACCCAGUAUUCCCCAUAUUUUGGUUUUUUUUUUAGGUCUUAAUAUGUUAGGUUUUCACUUCAAGCAUAUAGAGUAUAUUUAUUCAAAAUCCCUACAUGAUUAUCAGAUCUUGCUGGUUGAAUUGUUUUAGUGUCUAUUGUUGGUUUUUUCAUGCUGCUAGUGCUCAAGCUUAGUUAUGAGCUGUGUAUGUGUGUGUGUGUGUGUGUAUUUAGUUAUUGAGAACAUAAUAGUAAGAAGAAAAUAAUAAUCAGGGAUGUUUUGGGAUUAGAACUGAUCAUGAUAUGCUUGCCCCUUUUUACAAAAAUUUUGUGGGAUACUGUUUUUUUAAGUUCAUCUAGCUCCAGAAGCAAUGAUAAUAAUUUACUGAAUGAUUUUUUGUGGUGAUUAUUGGAGUUGAAAUAAUGCUCUCAUUUUAAUGUAAUAUAAUAGAUUUAGGGAGUAUUUACUUUCGAGGAUUAGUCUUGAUAGAUAAAAACAGUAAGGAUAAUCCUUUGUUUACUUUGAUGGAUCGAAACUUUGGGAUAUCCAAGGCCCUUGAUUGUUUAUACUCAUUUUAAGCUAGUUUUACUUGAUUCUUAUCCCACUGAAAGGGUGGGAUUGUAGAAAUCGUAAAUGCCCCCUUUAGAAGAAUGAUUUUGUGGUGAGACGAAGCUGAGAAUGAAUAGAAGUGAUGAAGAUAUUGAUUUGAGGCUUGCUUUGGGUUCUAGAAACUACAGUGUAGACACGAGGUUGAAUAGCAGUUUAAGCUAGUUUUGCCUGAUUCUUAUCCCACUGAAAGGGUGGGAUUGUAGAAAUCGUAAAUGCCCCCUUAGAAGAAUGUUAGUUAAGCAUUAUAUCCAUACGGUUAAUCUAAAGUUAAUGAUUUCAUGUGUGAUGCUAAUUUCUUGUUGAGUAUAGUUUUUAAGCUUCCCUAUAAGCACGGCCAUGAGUUUGUCACCAUGAAUACAAACGCGUUGCAGGAUUUUGUGGUGAGACGAAGCUGAGAAUGAAUAGAAGCGAUGAAGAUAUUGAUUUGAGGCUUGCUUUGGGUUCUAGAAACUACAGUGUCGACACGAGGUUGAAUAGCAGCUCGGGUGCAGGUGUAAAUGCAGACUCACCAGUGGACAUGCCAUUUGCAGCAUCCGACCCCUUGUCCGAAUUAGUAUGGUCGCCACACAGGGGUUUGUCUCUCAAAUGUGCUGAUCCGGGCUUCCCCGGUAACAGAGCUUUUCUGACUUGGAGGGAAAACGCAGACGAGAAUUUAACAUCACGGGAUAUUAGGCUAGGUAGUGCAGGGGAGGCAAUGCUCGACGAGGCUACUGGAUUGAGGUCUUCCGGAGGCAGUGCUAGCUACGGUGGAAGCAAGGGUGGUUUAGCCGAUAAAGCGAUCACUGCUGAUGCUACUAUUCAGCAGGGUAUUGCUGAAAGCAGCAAGAUGAAUGCAGAACUUCAUACUGAUCUAGUGGAGGCAGGGCACGAUAGGAAAUCAGAGACGGCGAUAAACUGGAAGUUCCCUAGUAAUCUUCUUAGAGGUAGACUCGAAAGGGAUGCUUCUAGAAGUGGCGUUAGGGGCUCGGCUGUCCCUAUCCGUUCCGAGCCUCUGACAGCCAAGGUGUCUGAAGCUCUGGUUUGCUCGCUUCCGAACUUGCAAGCACGUUAUCAGGUAGACGAUGAGGUCACAUCAGCCUCCUCAGAUGUGCACAAGACUAAAACUGAUGCAGCAGCUCUGUUGAUCCCUUCUCCCACUUUGGUGAACGUGGAGUCGUCUGCUGAAAAUGACUUGGGCCAUCUGGCUGCAAACGAGGCUCGGAGUUUAGGAGAGGCGGAGCUGCCACGAGAGGAUCCUCUUCCUGUCGACAUAGCUCCUACGAGUAGCAGGAUCUGCUUGUACCAAGGGAAAGGGAAAGGGAAAGGGAAAGGGAAAGGGAAAGCCUCAUCUGAUGGAGAUAAGUAUGGAAGAUCGUCGUCUAAUGAUGAUGACGACAGCCACAAGACCGUGGAGAGUUGUAGUAGUGCCGGAUUGUUCCCAAAAGGCGUAAAGAGACGGCAUGAUGAUGAUCAAGAGCAGGAAUUAGGAAGCAAAAGGGUGAAAAACUAUCUUCAAGAUAGCUCUUUCAUGAAAUGGAUAUCAAACAUGGUCAAGGGUCUCUCAGAUUCUAACAAAGAAGAGCCUUCUCUGCUCUCUCUCACGCUUGCUCGUUCCAACAAUGUCUGCAGUUACGAUCUUCAGGAGAGUUUCGUAUGCAACAAAGCAACCGAGUUUGCAAAGCCGAGGACGGGUUUCCAAAAUGUAUUUCAGUCCUUGUACUGCCAAACCAGCAGGAAACCAAUCUCCGGAGCAGAGAAGGAUGGCCAGUUCGUGGCAGAGUCUCGCGAGCUUAUGGUUGCUGAUAGGAAGUUACUCGACAAAAGUCCGGAGCCGUGUAACAGAAACAGCGACAGCCCUUGCAAGCAGAUUAUUCUUUCUGAUCAAGAAGCUACUCCACAUGUAUCCAAGAGUCCAGUUAAACCAUGGAUAUUUUCAGCAGAUUAUCUUACUCGAAAUCCUUCUGAAUAUAGUAGGAAAGUAAUCGAGGGCAAGCCGUCUGGUUCAUUGUGUAGAAAGGCAGACAUCCCUUUGCCAAUGAGUAGUGUUCCUGAAAAAAGUAGGCCUCUUCCUAGUUUGUGGAUUACGCGUCUUUAUACCAAAACUGCUCAGUUUGAAAACUCCAACUCUGAAAACGACGUUUCCUCCUCUGGUAAGAAGGCUUCGGAGGCGAGGGAUGAUUGUGGUCGAGACCAGGGUCAUGCUUCAGAAUCUGUUGAUCUCGAGUUCAGUCAUAAACAGAGCACUAUGCAGCCUUUCGAGGAACUGAGAAGCUCGGAGGCGAUGGCAUCGGUGUUUGCCAAGCGACUGGAUGCCCUCAGACACAUUAUGCACCCUUCGGGAAGGAGAAGCCCUCCAACGUUCCCACUAACGUGUUUCUUCUGUGGUAGCGUCGGCCAUGAUCUACGUAGAUGCCCAGAGUUAACCGAUGCUGAGCUCGAGAAUCUCCUUGUGAACACCAGCUCAUUUAACAGGGUGGAUGGAUCCCCUAGCUUUUGCAUUAGAUGCUUCCAGCUUGAUCAUUGGGCAAUCUCGUGCCCCUCGGCACCCUCACCAGCUAAUAGACGAUCACAGCAGAAGGCUGCUGCUGUCGAGCUACAAACUAGUAGCCGUCUGCAGCCUUCUGCUGAUGAUCGUACGAGAAAAUUUGCUGGUGAGGUAGAUUGCAGCAGGAAACCAGUCUUUGGUUCCUUUCUCCAAAAGAGAAAUUUGUCGAUUUCAGGAAACAUUCUAAAGGACAAACAAAUAUGUAAACUUUUCGACGCUCAACAGGAGGAGGUGUUUCGUGUAAUAAGGAGAUUGCGCUUGUCUCGUGCCGACGUUCUCAGAUGGAUGGAUUCUGACGUCUCUUUGUCGCAUUUAAACGGUUUUUUCUUGCGUCUGCGCCUCGGAAAGAUGGAAGGGGAGCUAGAUGGGACUGGAUAUUAUGUUGCUUGUAUUACAGGAGACUCAAUAGAGAAUAUUGGUUGCAAAUCCAAGAAAUCUGUGUUGGUAGAUGUUGGAGGGCUGAAAUCAUCUGUUGGGAGUCAGUAUAUCUCCAAUCAUGAUUUUCUUGAGGAAGAGAUCAAGGGUUGGUGGAGCAGAAUAGUGAAAACUGGUGGGAAGAUUCCUUGUUUAGAUGAGUUGAAGUCAAAAUUUGAAAGUAGAGAAUGUUUAGGUUUGUAAUUAAUAAUUAUUAGUCCCUUAAGAAAAUUUUGACAGUGGAAGUAAAUAGGCUUUGAUCACUUUACUUAUGUGAAGCACUUGUGUUGUAAGAAAAUAAAAAAUUAGGGUAUUUUUGGAUGUGUUUAUACUGCUGGAAAACAUUACUACUUUGUUUGCUUGUAAUAGUGCUUGUAAGCCUCAUUGAUUUGAAAAUCAUAGUGUCAAUCUUUCUUUCUUCUCCUCGAUUGAAGCUUCGAGGAAAUCCAUGUAUCUUCUCGAACUGUACCCAUCGAUUGAAAAUGUUGUAAUUUCUUUUCGUUAUUAAUGGUUGAAAAAAAUAUUAUCAUCCUCGAUAUACA